CAUGAAUUUACUGUUACAAAAAAUAAUGGCAUCAAUUAAUUAAAAUGAAAUGUCUUUGGUGUGCAAAGUCUAAUGUUUCCGACUACACUUAAAGGCGGCGUGGUUCUGAAUGCGGCUGAAGCCAAAGUGGGUGCGGCUAAAGUUGUGUGACAGCAUUUUGUUGCUGGGCUGCUAGCUUCGAGCUUUUAGAUUUUUUUCAGACGUAGUGCCCUUUUUCUCAUCAAAAUCACAGACCAACGCCAACGCCGUAGCUAUUGAAAGAACGGCAAAUGCAUGCAAAGAUAUAUUAACAACGUGUUCAAGCAGCGUGUGGCUACGUGCUCGGGUUUAACCAACAGCUUCGGAGGGCAACUCAACGCUAACCGUACAACGUAAUAACGUCAUGCGCAAAGUCGUCGCUUUCUCAAUUAGCAUCCUCGCUAACAGUUGACACGCCAAUAGUUUGCUGCAGUGUUUGUUACUGCACGUAUUUUUUAUUAUGAUUGGACAGUCCGUGAACGUUUACGUAGCUAGUCGUUGCAUUUCGGGGUCACAUUAGCAAUGGAGUAGCAUCGAUACGUGCACGGAACGUUAAGCAUCCAGUGACACGGCGAACAAGCUGCAAGAUGGAAUCGCACACAUUAACGACGUGAGACAGGGAAAUGUUAGUAACUACCCCCCUCUCUCCCCAAAACUAUGAACUGAAAAUACCCAAGAUGGUGAAAGUAUUCCCAUGUACGCUCCCGUUCUCAUGACAACCACAAGGAGCAAUGGGCAUCCUCAGGCUGGUCUCCAGAAUCAUGGGUAGGAUCAGUACCUUCAGGUCCUAUCAGUUCGUGCUUCUCUUGGCCGCUGCGCUUGCUGUCGUAGCUUUCUACUACUUCGGCUCAGAGAGGCAGAACUUCUCCAGUACCACCAAGAGGAUCAAGCAGACCCAGGCCAGCCACAACGGCAACAGAAAUGACGCUGACCUGACCGCCGACACCAGGCUCUCCCACCCGGCCGGAGUGGAGGAGCCAAGCGAGGAGGACCGAGUCGAAGUAGGAGGAGGCGGCGAGGGAUCGAGGUCCAGGAUAAUGGACGCCGGUGACCAACGCUACCACGCGCUCAUGAUGUUCACCAAGGUGGACAAGAGCAGGAGCCUGCAGGACAAGUUCCGGGUGGCUAUGUUGUCUAUGGUUAAGCACGGACAUUUCUUCCAAGGAGAGGUGCUGGUCCUUCACUUUGUGUGCGACCAGACCAGCAGAGAACUGGGGGAGAGGAUGCUGGAGGAGUUCCUCCUCGACGCGACGUUCAAGUAUGAGGUGUUGUUUCAUGACGUGGUGGCUCUCACUCAGAAGCUCUUCCCCAUCGUAGAGGCCAUGCAGAAGCACUUCAGCGCUGGCUCUGGGGCUUACUACAGCGACGCCAUCUUCUUUCUGUCGGUGGCCAUGCAUCACAUCAUGCCUGAAAGUCUGACGCGCAUAGUGCAGCUUGACCUGGACCUGAAAUACAAGACGAACAUCAGGGACCUUUUCCAAGAAUUUGAGCAGUUUCCUCCAGGAGCGGUUAUAGGUAUUGCCAGAGAGAUGCAGCCGGUUUACAGACACACCUUCUGGCAGUAUCGUAAGGAGAACCCUCAAACCAGAGUAGGGGGUCCGCCCCCCGAAGGCCUACCGGGCUUCAACAGCGGCGUGAUGUUACUGGACCUCGGCGCUAUGAGGGCCUCGGCGCUCUACAACCGGUUGUUGGAGCCGAGCCACGUGGCCAAACUAGCAGACCAGUAUCGCUUCAGGGGCCACCUAGGGGACCAGGACUUCUUCACCAUGAUCGGCAUGGAGCACCCGGAGCUCUUCCAUCCGCUGGCCUGCGGGUGGAAUCGCCAGCUGUGCACGUGGUGGCGGGACCACGGCUACGGAGACGUUUUUCAGAUGUAUUAUCGCUGUGAAGGACUUGUCUAUAUCUACCACGGGAACUGUAACUCUCCCAUUCCAGAUGAUUGAUCCCCGAACAGAAAAAGAAGGCAAUGAAUCAAUGUAGAUUAGGGAAAAUAUUUGUUCUGCUUUUUUGGAAGAGAGGAUACUGACUUAUGUGGCAGUUUUUUGUUUUUUUUUACCACUAUAAAGGCAGCGCAGACUCGGCCCCCUGCUGGCCAUGGGGAACGCAAGGCGCUGCAAUAGCUGGCACACUUCCUCAGACACAGAAGAUGAAAUAUAAGAAGAUUCGAAAUAUGCUGUUACAAGUAAGGUUCCAGUUCCUUGCCCGUAUUUGAUUGGCUAGCAUGGCCCCUUUUAAAGAAUAAGCCUCUCGGCCGCAAGUGUGUAUGAAAGUUCCUUUGCUGCAGGUAGGAAAGGACGUGUCGGGAAAUGAGGGUUAACAAUAGUGGCUUUCGUUUGUGCUCCAGUGUUUGCGGUUUAGCAGAGGCCAAACUCACACUUCACAUGACCGCCUCACGAUUUGUGAAGACGGUAACCCACUUCUGAGUUUUCCCGCUGUGCUCGCUGAACUCUCACUCGGGUUUCAAAGUAAUGUCAUCACUCAAUAUUCAUCAGUCAGGAUGCACGCUUUAACACACGUGUACGCUAAAGUGAGAGUGAAGCUCAGGUGGUCUGCCCUUCACCACAAGUGGGGUCAAAGACAUCCCAACAAAAACCCUUGAGAAUAAACAUUAUUGCAAAUUUA